AUGGUGGACAAGAACAAGAUGGAGCCGGGGGUUGAUUUCCAAGCCGGAAAUCUCACGCAUCCUAUUUGGCAUUCCGCAUUGGCAAGCUUGGCCCGCUGCUUAACCGAGCAGCAUCUCGACGUUCAACGCUUUGUAUUCGCCCGCUGUAUGGUGGAUGUUGAGCAUUCUGAGAGGCGAGUUCGUCGGGUUGGACAUUCGGCUGAUCACGACAUCGGACCCAUGAUUGCGUCUUUGGCAGACCUGCAGGUUCUGGCGCGAGUCGGACAAAUGCCGACGAGUGAGACACCGGAUGUCUUGCGAGGGGGGCAUCAUGUCCCCGAGGAGAGUGAAUUCUGUUUGUGA